AUGAUUGCUUACCUGCAGCAGAAAGGAUUCCCUGAAGUUGCUCUCCAUUUUGUCGAAGACGAGAGGAUCCGAUUCAACCUGGCUCUUGAAAGUGGCAACAUUGGUGUAGCUGUUGCAUCCGCGACGCAGAUUAACGAGAAAGACCUCUGGUACAGGCUUGGGGUGGAGGCUCUUCGCCAAGGCAAUUCUGGAAUUGUUGAGUUUGCAUACCAGCAGACAAAGAACUUUGAGAGGUUGUCAUUUCUGUAUCUCAUUACUGGCAAUUUGGACAAGCUUUCAAAGUUGAUGAAGAUUGCAGAAGUGAAGAACAACGUGAUGGGUCAGUUCCAUAAUGCUUUGUACCUAGGAGAUGUCAAAGAGCGUGUUAAAAUACUCGAGAAUGCUGGUCAUCUGCCUCUAGCUUAUAUCACAGCUUCGGUUCAUGGUUUGACUGACGUUGCUGAGCGUCUGGCGGCUGAGCUAGGAGACAACGUGCCCACUUUGCCUGAAGGGAAAACUCCAUCGCUUCUGAUGCCACCGUCUCCUGUCAUGUGUGGUGGUGAUUGGCCUCUUCUUAGAGUCUCAAAGGAAUAUUUGAAGGAGGACUUGAGAGUGCAGCCAGAGGAGGUGCGGUUGAUGAAGAAGAAGAUGUGA